AUGAAGCCGUGGAAUAAGGUCGAAACUGCACAUCUUUUAACGUUAUACCAGUGUCACGGCCGUGACUGGAGAACAAUCUCAGAGAAACUUAAAAGAACCCAAAAGGAAUGCCGCGAUAAAUAUCAUGAACUUAUUCCUGGGUUCAGACGUCAACCGCCUAGAAAU